GUACGAAUGCCUCUUCAACAGAGACGACGCCGACGGCUGGGACGUGCGCCAGGCUAUGAACGACCUCACGGGCUACGACGCGGUCCCCGAUCCCAAAGUCAUAAUAGCUGCCUUGAACGCCUGCAGACGCAUCAACGAAUACGCCUUGGCCGUACGUUUCCUGGAAAUGGUGAAAAACAAGUGUGGCCACGACGUCGAGAAGAUUUACCCGUAUAUUAUCCAGGAAGUGGGGGGUACCGUUGCGGAACUGGGAUGCGAUUUCCCGGAAAGUUUGGGCUACGACAAGCCGGAACUUUGGAUGCAGUCGGUAUUUGACAUGUGA